AUGGACGAUGACGUGAAGUUAUGGAGGGAAACAUUAGACGGGGUGAGCUUUGUAGGGAUUCAGUUUGCUGGUACAGAUAUACGCCUCAACGUUCUUGUAAAGGACUUUGCUGGGAUACCGAGAUAUUUUCAUCUCGACCAUUCGGAAAUCCCAUUAACACCCCAUACGUUGCACACCAAAUCUUUUGGGAACCACCCUACUGUUUUCAUCCCCGCCUCAUAA